AUUGCUACCAGAGCCCCGACUGUCACUUCGAUACGCACCACGGUGAGGCGUGCACAGUAGCAUUCGGGAGGACGGACCAUUUUUAUGGGAAAACUUAUACCACCCGCCAUCGGUGUGGCCCUAGUGCUAGUGUGAACGUCUUCAUCUCUGGCCGUUCGUGGCAUUUCGGGGAGAAAGGAUAAUUAAUUUGCGCUCUGGUGGUGUGCCGAAACGAUCCCGCGCAGUGACAUCCAAUCCACGCGGAUCGCGGUCGUGUUUCGGGGGCUCCGUUGCGAAUUAUCCCGGAAAGCUCAGCGCAGCUAACUUUAACGUAAUAAAACACACCGACAAACACCGAACGCUGCUACUAAUUAGUCGCCCGGCUCCUUGCCGACGGUGUCAUUCGGUGGUGCCCUGGCUGCCCUGUCUACGUGCCGCGGAUGCAGAAACCGAGCACACAGCUCCAGCACGAGGCAGCGUGGUGUGAACAACUUCGUCCACCAACCACUGUCGUCUACUGUUCGUGAUUCUAAAGCCAAAAAAAGGAAGUGAUCGCGUGUAUGUGUGUGUGUGUAUGUGUGUGGCUGCAUGUUUAAAACUAUUCCGGGAGCAGCUGGAUUGUUCAUAUCGAACGUUUUCGCGGCUUUCACACGUUAGGAAAAUCAAACCACAAACUUCUACCACGUCGCUGUAUUGGGUACGGACGGACGGUUCAGUGCGGUGAAGGGAAAAGUCCAAUCCAGCGUGCACCAACACGUGAGAGUUCGUUGUCUUUUUCCUUUUCCUUUUUUUUUGCUGGCUGCAAUCUGGAAAACCUUCCCCAUCGACAGAGUGGACGCGUUAAGAUAGUGUGUAAUUACAACAUCAACAACUCGGUGCAACGGGGAAGACCCUGAGAUAGAAAGGAAGAGAGUGACCGUGUUCCGUGAGCCUUUGUGUGUCUGUUAGACACCUUUUGCUUGGCCACCGUUUGCCGUUACACCGGCUCGGACCGCGAAUCCGAGCGCGCCUCCCUUCCGCCCAAAAGGUUGCUUAAAAUUCUGGCAAUGAUCUUUGGUGAUUUAGUAUGCUGCGUGCAUUUUGUGGUUCUGUUGCAAAGCUGCAUUGGCGCACUGGUGGCACCUCCGGCAGUGGCGGAUGGGCCGGUGGCAGCGCCACUCCUGCAGCAGCCGCCGGUCGGGACGCUGCUGCCGACAAACCGUAGCAGUCGGUACACGGAACCGACCCUACCCGGAGAGCUGAACGACUACUGCCGAACGGCACAGGACUGCCGACAGUACGCCCAUGUGUGUGACACCCGCAAGCAGACGUGCGACUGUGCCGAAGGAUACCGGCCGGACGAGACGAAUCGGGCCUGUCUCGGGGCCGUUGGACGUCGAUGUUUGUACGACAGCCACUGCAUCACGAACGCGUACUGCAAGGGACAAAUGAUCUGUACGUGCAAGCGUGAGUACGGUUUCCUCACCGAUGAUAACUGGUCAUGUCAAGCAUCAUCUGCGAGGGCAUCUUCAAAAAUCAACCCAACUCAACUGCUGGCACUCGUGCUCGUGCUGACGUGGUGGAGCGUACCAGGCACCAGGGCACUAUUGUGAGAAGAAUGGAUGCAUUUAUUGUAAGAUUUAAUUAAAGCCUUCUACCCCCCCCCCCCCUGCAAGAAGAAAAGAAAGCACACCGAUGCAACCGGAUAACAGACGGAGUCUUUUAUUGGCCGUUAAAUAUUCUUCCGAUGCACAUCUGCCAUGCACCUGGGCCCAGGGCUACCCUGCACACAAAGGGUAGCUUCCAAGUGGCAUCGGCAUCUUCAAUAAGCCUUCCAGGACACCGUGGUUACCCGCCCGAAGACACUGAAAAGCGUUCAUUCCACUUACCAGCCUCUUGGCUGGAUGUACUGGAAAGAAAUGCACGAAUAGAGAGAGGAGAGAGAGAGAGAGAGAGA